CCUCCCAGUUUUUUCUCUCCGUCUAUUCUGCGCUCCGUUUCUAUAUAAGCUUCCCGAGCCGUGCCCAGACACAUACACACAUCAUACUCAGUCCCGCAUAUCGUCCCGAUAAGGUCCCCGACCAGCCGAGCCAUGGCCACUUUCAACGUCGCGCUGCAGGAGGACGGAAUGCCGGUGCUGCCCAGGUUGGCACUCAGCUCCGUCGGUCGGGGCGUCUGUAGAAGCUUGUUCGGCCCCAUCGACCACGACGAGCUGCGAUCGGAGCUGAAGAGGCAGCUGAAAGAGAUCCAAGCCUCAGACUGUCAACGCUGGAACUUCGACUUCGAGGCCGGUGCCCCCCUGAAGGGCACUUUAUGCUGGGAGCCACUGGAGAGCAAGGAAAUGCCACUCUUUUACAGGGAGAGCAGGAUGUGCCCUGCCAGCACGACCCCAGCGAGCAGGCAGCAGCAGCAGACCCCCCUGUGCGCCAGGCUGGCAGGGACACGAGUGGAUAUCAAGGAAGAUGCACCCACAGAAGCGGUGAGCACACGAGAAAACCCAAAACGUGCCAAGGAAAACGCGGACAAGGCUGUCAAGAGAUGCCAGGGAGUUAAAGGACCAAGCAAAGUAUCAACUCAGCUCAGGAAAAGAGAGAGCUGCCUGGUUAUCACAGAUUUUUUCCCCAAGCGGAAAAGACAAGUUACAAAAAUCAACAGUCAAAAAGCAGUCAACACCAUUUGCACUUUGGAGCAGACCCCCAGGAAAAAAAUCAGAUGAAUCUCUGGUUUGUUUAACGAACGACCAGAGAGAAUUUAAAAAUAAACCCAUCUCUUCCAUAUUUCUUCCCAGAUGGGAAAGUGAGACUGCAAAACAAAUCUCUAUGUGCUGAACUGCAAAAGAUUGAUUUAUCGAGAAUGCUUGCAUCUGCCUCGGGGAGGUGCUGGUCUGGUUCAGAAUGUGGACUUAUGAGAGCGCCGUUUUCCCAGCUCCCUUUGUAUUGCACGCACUUUGAUAUUUAUCUACACUCAAUAUUUGGAGGUCUAUGCUACCUUUGUUCCAUUACGAUUUUUUUUUUAAAAUAAAUAAGGAUUAGUUUAUACCUUACUGAAGGAAGAAAGUCAGAUUGAUAUGGCAGUCUGGACCUAGCCUGUGAAUGUAACUACCAUCUAUGCCAGUUUGUAUUUGGAAGGGCCGGUGAAAACAGUUUUUUCGGUUGUCCAACUUCACAGCUCCUCUUAAACUAGCCAUAUAUUAUAUAAUUUGAUUGAACAAUCUGCUUUAAAUUUAGUAAAACUGAGGACAAACCUAAACCUGUCAUCAAAUCAGGUUGGUCAAUGCACUACAUAGUUGAUGGUAGAUGUAAAGGAGGAUGUACAGUCAGAUUGUAUAGAUUAUGGUCAGGCUUUGGCUUAAGCUGGCCAUACACUAUACAAUAUGAUUGUACAAUCUACUUUGGAUUUACCAAAACUGUAAUAUAAGGACAAACCUUAAUAAUCAAUCAUCAAAUCAAGCAGGUCUCUGUACUACAUAGUUGUUAGAUUGAAGGCUGGGUUCACAGCUAUGCGUUUUUUAAGGGGGUUUUCAGUUUUGUGCAGAAACGCACUACAGUCCAUUUAACAUGAUUUUAUAUGACUCAUGUUCACAUUUGUGUGUUUUUUGGAAACUGGGCCAGGGACUUUUUUACCCGAAGCAGGUUGUGUUUUUAUUUCCAUAGACAUCAGAAAUGGAGUGCUUGUGUUUUGCUGGUUUCUCCUGCAUGGCAACAGAUACCGCGCAAAACUCAUGUAAAAAAAACGCACUGGGAAAAUGCAUCAACUGCAACCUGCAUAAGUGUGAACCUAGCCUAUAUUAGAUUUUACAGUCAGAUUGUAAGUGCAUGGUCAGGCGGUGGCUUCAGCUGACAUAGACUAUACAAUAUGAUUGUACAUUCUCCUUUAGAUUAACCAUCAGCUAUGUAUUUCAAGAGCCUGCAUGAUUGAAUGCAUAUUGAUUGGAUUGCCCAGAUUUGUCCUUCUACUUCAUAGUUUGGGGAAAUCUCAAUAAGAUUGUACAAUCUGAUUGUACAGUAUAUGGCUACACAAACGUUUAAAUAUAUUUUUUACUGUUAGAUUUAAGCACUUAUUGUCAGUUAGCUAAUAUGCACCACUCUAAAGUAAAUGUGAUGCCAACAAGCAGUUACAUUUCAAUGGUAGAGAGGUUUAUUUGCCUGUGUAGCUUAUUCUGGAUUUGAGGAGCUGUUGUCUAACAGAGGUUGGUUUAUUUAUUAUAAAAGUUGCAAAAAGUAGUAGUGAGCUUUAACCCCUGGCAACCAAAAAUAUCCCAUCUGGUUGGUUCCAUGGUUUAUUGCAUGCCACUGCUGUUGCAUUUUACAUUCCCAGUUGUAGCUUAUGCAAACCAAUAGAUAUGUACAAACCUUAUAUGUAGCAUUUGUAUAAUCAAGUUUUUUGCACUGUUUUUAUAUUAUAUGUGUGUGUAUAUAUAAAAAAUAUUACCACCAUUAUGUACAGCAACUAUGUAACAUAAAGCAUAAAGUUAAGUUAUAUAUUUAUAUAACGUGUUGGAUAUAUUCCAAUGUUAAGCCAUAAUAUUGGCUACAAAACGGUUAUAGAGAUUAUACGUAUGUCUCUAUUUGGAGAGAUAAAAAGUAUGUGUUCAAUAACUAUGCAUGUACAGUUCUUUACAGUAUUUUAUUCUGUUUUGUAUGUUUUUGUUGUGUUUUCUUAUUUUAAUUUUUUUUGCAAAAACAAAUAAUGUACAGAAUAUUGCUUUUCUGGCAAUGGGGGAAAAAAAGUAAACUAUAUGACUUUUAAA